CAAGUUCCAUUGCCACUCAAACACCAACUUACACAGCUUUAGAGCUCAAUCACAUUCCUCAUAAUCGAAAUCCGAUGGCUCCGCGAGCGUUUGCGAUCGGUCUUGCCCUUAGUCUCAUGGCGGUUCUCUUGACACAGUCCUGGGCUCAGCCAAUCCCGAACUGUCCGCCACCGUCUGCUAACAGCCUCUCGCCGUGCAUCAGCUACAUCAUCGGCAACUCGUCGUACCCGUCGUCCGCCUGUUGCAAGCAGCUUAAAGCCCUCGCCCAAGAGCAAGGCCCGUGUGUCUGCACGGUCCUUCGCGGAGGUGCCGCCGCCACCCCGCUAGGGUAUAUAAUGAACCAGACGCAGGCUUACUUGCUUCCUAGCAGCUGCAACCUGCCCACCCUCAACCAAUGCAAUGGUGUCUCCGGGCCGAGCAAUGCGCCAGGUGUGCCAGCUACGCCGGCUACCACGACCGCGACUUCGCCUGCUGCACCGUUGACACCAACGGACCCGAAUACGUCGAACCCGAGCACAACUUCAACCCCGUCGACGCCGAGCGAGGACUCUUCGAAUGUCACUCCAACUCCUGAAUCGUCAUUGCCGUCAGGGAUUGGAUUCAAGUCGACUCCCACGGCUGGCGCAUCAUCGGCAGCUGCAGGCUCCAUUAAAUUGGCCCCCUUGCUCUUCUUCCUCGCUGUGUUUGUGGCCUCUUGCGGUUCAACAUUCUCCGGGUUUUAAGUUUACUUGACGUAUAUAGAUGUGUGUGUAUGAAUAGUGUUUGUUUUGAGACACUCUGCUGAGGUUGUGGUGGUUUGUAUUGCCUUGUUUUUUGCAUAUAAAUUCUACUGGUUUGAUUACCCAAAUUUGAGA